AUGAAAGGGAGAAAGGUUUACGUGGAACAACAGACAGGGAGGCAGUUCUCGGGUUUGCUGUCUUCGGAAGCCACUUUUCUUCCACCAGGGUUAUCGGAUCACUCCCCAGCUGUGGUUUCGAUACUGGAAAGUGUUAACUUUGGUCCAAAACCAUUCCGGUUUUUUGAGGCCUGGAUUGGUUUGCUGCCCCGUCUCAAGAACUUGGAAGCUGCUCUAAAGAAGUGGAAUAAGGACAGUAUUGGGGAUGUUUUCCUUGUAGUCAAGAAUGCUGAUUUGAAACUAAACCAAAUUCAGAUUAACCUUGCUACCCACCCUGAUGACUCGGACCUUGUUAUCCUAGAGUUAGAAGCUAAAAAGAAACUUUGGGAAGCUCUUAGCACUGAAGAGAAGUCCCUCAAGGAAAAGUCGAGGGUGAAAAGCAUUCAGUUAGGGGAUGGAAACAACAGCGAUAGUGGUUUUUCCCGAUUCGUCCCCUUGCAAUAUGGGCUGGAUUAUGUGCAGCAAGAUUCCCUUAUUGGGAAGGUUUCUAAUAAGGAAAUUAGAGAGGUGGUGUUCUCUAUGAAGAAUUCUAAAGCCCCGGGGCCAGAUGGGUUUGGAGCGGGUUUCUUUAAGCAUUCUUGGGAGGUUGUUGGGGAGGAGCUCACGUUGGCAGUUAAGUGGUUCUUUUCGAAGUCAAUUCUACCUGACUCUAUCAAUGCUACAUUUAUCAGUCUCAUCCCAAAGACCGAAGAUGUUACCUCUUUUGCUGGGUACAGACCAAUAGCCCUUUGUAAUCUAUUCUAUAAAAUCAUUACAAAAAUUUUAUCGAAUAGGCUGCAAGGGGUGGUUGGGAAAGUGGUGAGUGACAACCAGUCUGCUUUUAUUAAAGGGUGCUCCAUUGUGGAUAAUAUCCUUGUGUGUAAUGAUGUGGUGAGGGGCAUUGAUCAAAAAGGGAUAGGUCCGACGGCAGUCCUAAAGAUUGAUUUGCAUAAAGCCUAUGAUUCCCUAAGCCAGAAGUAUCUCUUUCAGAUUAUGGAUAGAAUGGGGUUCCCCUCUAAAUUCAUGGGCUGGGUGAAGGCUUGUGUUGACACUCCUUGCUUCUCGAUUCUCCUGAAUGGAAGCCCAACAGGUUAUUUUAAAGGUAGGAGGGGGAUAAGGCAAGGAGAUCCUCUCUCCCCUUACCUAUUCACCAUUGCUAUGGAAGGCUUCUCUGCUUUGAUGAGGAACCUGGAAGUUGAAGGUCGAAUCAGUCUCCUCCCUAGAUGCAAGAGUUCCCACCUCUCACAUCUCAUUUUCGCAGAUGAUUUGAAGAUAUUUGUGAAGGCUGCCUCGGAUUCUAUUUUGGCCUAUUGCUCCGCUAUUCUUGACUUGGUGAGGCGGCGCCUUGAUGGUUGGAAAGCUCGGUUUCUAUCCUUUGCUGGUCGUUUGCAGCUCCUUAGUUCGGUCCUCCAAGGCUGCUACAUUUAUUGGUCGGGUAUCUUUGCCCUUUCGAGUGGAGUAAAACAGAAGUUGGAGUCCAUGUUCGCGAACUUUCUUUGGACCGGGCCUUCUUUGGAGCGUAAGGUCUUGAAGGGUCAUAUUAUUUCCCUUUGUGAGCAGUUACAUCGCAAAGAAAUUAGGCAUGUUUGGAGGGAAAUGAACCAGCCAGCGGACUUCACAGCAGCCAUUGAUACUGGGGAUGGGGAAUCUAUCUUUAAUCCCUCGGAGUUUCCCCUAGAGUUGGUGGAGCUGAUCCAGAAUGAUGCGGACUGUAAAGCUUAUUUCAGGACCUCUUCAUUUUGA